AUGGCCAAGAAGUUAUCCGAGAUGGAGCGCCUUUCAAAGGAAGAUUAUGAUUCCAUUCCCAACUGGACUCCUGAGUAUAAACUCAGAAGGGUGAAAUCACAGCUAAAAGAGGCUAAAUAAGUUCACGAAACUUGAGAAUAAAGAUUAUGAUGCAACCAAGAUGUUGUAUAAAUUAUGAACUUCCAUAACUCCUUUAUUAUGCUUCACUGUGUCCUUCGCCUGGAGGAGGUAUAAGCACUCAAUCACCAUGCUUCAUGAUGUAAAGGCAAGGUCACCUCUUGACAAUCUUUUCAAUGAUAUUUCUCUUGGGUUCCUCGGAUAUAUGGCUGGCAAUAUUUACUGAAUAAUAGGAACUUAUAAGGGAAGGGAUUAUGUCAGAGAGAGGCUCACUGUUGAAAAGGACAUCAAAUUCUCCCGUAGAGCUUUCCUGCAAUAUCAUAGUGACGAACUAUUAGAUGAUUACUCCCAUCUCGCCCAGUAUAGUUCUAACCUAGUUAGUGAUAAAGAGCUUGAGGAGUUAAGGAGGCUUAAUACAGAUGAUUUAGAGAAAAUUAGGAGCUUAAAAGAUAUUCAUGAAGAUUUUUCCAAAGAUAAUGAUUCUUCACGGAUAAUGACAGCAGAGGAAUUAUUGAAAAAGAAGAAAGAGCAUCAGCUUGGCCUCAAUCGGCAAGAUAAGGCUAAAGAUAGAGAAUAGUCCAUUUGGACUGCUAGAUGUUUAAGUAAAGAAACUUUUAAGAAA